AUGUGGCAUGAAGAAGAACAAUUUGUGGUUAAUCAAUUGCCACAACAAACUAAUUGGUGUGAUCAAGGAUUUAGAAAUUUUGAAGACACAGGUUGUAGCUUUGCUGCACAUUCGGACUCUGAUGAUGAUGCUAGUAAUUAUUGUCAUGAAAAUCCAUUUAUAUUACAUGAUGAAGCUGGCCCAAGUAUACGAGAACCACGUGAAGAUGCAAAACCAUAUGUUGAUGAGGUAGUUUGUAGUCCUCAAUGUGAUGAUACAACAGAUUUGUGUGAUAGUUUCAUUGGUUUGCUAGAAGAUGUUAAUAAACCUCUAUAUGAUGGAUGUGAAACUUAUACACAGUUAUCUCUGGUUGCUAAAAUGCUAAGCAUGAAGUUUGAAUACAACCAAUCUGUGAAUCACUUUAAUGAGAAUGUUAGAGUGUUUAAAAACUCACUGCCUCGUGAAAACACAUUGCCUGAGGAUUUUUAUGGUUAUAAAAGGUUACUACGUGACUUGGGUCUGCCUGUGGUAAAAAUUGAUGCUUGUAGAGAUGGAUGCAUGUUGUUUUGGAAAAGUGAUGAACAUGAGCAAUUUUGUAAGUUUUGUAAGUUGCCAAGGUAUAAACAAAGGGAAGGGACACUUAAUAACCCUAUGCAUAAAAGGGUUGCAUAUGCUAUAUUGAGGUACUUGCCAUUAACUCUAAGGUUGCAGAGGUUAUAUGCUUCAAAGGUAACGGCACCGCAUAUGACAUGGCAUGCUACUCAUGAAACAAAUCAAGGGGUCAUGUGUCAUCCUUCUGAUGCAGAGGCAUGGAAACAUUUUGAUAGAACUCAUCCCCUAUUUGCUUCAGAACCUCGUAACAUUCGGUUAGGCCUUUGUGCUGAUGGGUUUUCCCCUUACAGUCAAUAUGGGCAAGCUUAUUCAUGUUGGCUAGUUAUUACUACACCUUACAAUCUUCAUCCAGGGAUGUGCAUGAAGAACCCUUAUAUGUUUUUAUCUUUAAUCUGUCCGGGGCCUAAAAAUCCGAAGAAGAAUAUAGAUGUCUUUUUACAGCCCUUGAUUGAGGUGUUGAAGCAUUUGUGGGAGGUUGGUGUUGAAACUUAUAAUAUCAACUUAGGUAAAAAGUUUAACAUGAGAGCUGCCCUUUUGUGGACCAUUAAUGAUUUUCCUGCUUAUGGAAUGCUUUCUGGAUGGAGUACCUCUGGUUUGCUUGGGUGGCCGAUAUGCAUGGAGAAGUCUAAAGCUUUCUAUCUACAUCAUGGUAAAAAUGUCAGCUACUUCGAUUGUCACAGGCAAUUUUUACCAAUGAAUCAUUCAUAUAAAAGGGAUAAGUCAGCUUUCAUUCGAGAUAGAGUAGAGAUGAGUCGUCCACCUCCAAGAUUGGCAGGAGAUGAGAUUUGGAACCGUGUGUCACAAUAUAAAACUGUCAUUGAGGAUCCUCGAGGUAAGACCCCUCACUAUGGCAACAAUCACAAAUGGAAUAAAAAAAGUAUUUUUUGGGAAUUACCAUAUUGGAGGGCUAACAUGAUUCGACACAAUCUUGAUGUUAUGCACAUUGAAAAAAAUGUAUUUGAUAGUAUCAUGGACACAAUAUUUGAUGUACCUGGAAAAACUAAGGAUAAUUUGAAUGCACGGAAAGAUCUUCAUAUUCUCUGUGAUUGUCCUGAACUUGAUGUUCUUAUUGACAAUACAAUGCCUCUUAAGACAAAGGCAAAGUACACAUUGACCAAAAAUGAAAAAAUUAAGAUUUGCAGUUGGGUGAGGGCUUUAAGGUUUCCCGAUGGCUAUGCAUCAAAUCUUGGUAAAUGUGUUGACAUUAAUGAAUGUCGAUUGAAAAAUAUGAAGAGUCACGAUUGUCACAUGUUCAUGCAGAGGCUCAUUCUGAUUGCAUAUAGAGAAAUAUUACCUGAUUUCAUAUGGUCUACAUUAACUGAAAUGACUUUGCUCUUUCAGAUCAUAUGCUCUGCACUGCUUGAUUUGCAAAAGCUUGAGGAAUUGGAGAAAAAUGUGGCUAUAUUGUUAUGCAACUUGGGAAAAUUUUUUCCUCCAACGUUCUUUGAUUCCAUGGAACAUCUACUUAUUCACUUGCCAUAUGAGGCUAUAAUUGGGAGCCCUGUUCAAUAUAGAUGGAUGAUGUUUGUCACACACCUUCAACACUUAGAUGCCACACUCAUUGAAAAAAUGGUUGAUCUACAUUUUACCGAAUGGUUUAUUGGUUAUGUUCAAAACCCAGAUAAUCAAGUUACUGAUCAAUUGUUGCUGACUCUUGCAUGGGGUCCAGCUGGUCAAGUCAAAACUUGGUCAGGAUGCUUUAUAAAUGGUUAUAACUUCCACACUCUUGGACAUGGUGAAAAUAAGUCAACUAUGAAUAGUAGUGUAUGCGUCCAAAGUUCUAGUGGUGAUUUUUAUGGCUUAUUGGAAGAAAUAAUUCAACUGGAGUUUCCAAGUAGCACACCAAAAUUUGUUGUCCUCUUCAAGUGUCGAUGGCUUGAUCCAAUACAUGGAAAGAAAGGUUCACCACAAGUAUACACAAAUCUUGACGGUAACCAACCACAUGCAGUCAACACUGGAUGGGCCAUGUUAACUCUUUUUGAAACUGGACAGGUUGUUUUCAUGCUCUCACUCUCACUCUAA